UAAAAAAAAUUUUGACAUGCAAGAAAUAAAAUUAAUCGAAAAAACACCAUAAUUUCCAUUCAUUAUAUUUUGUCUGCAUUUUAUCCAAUUUAUUGAAUUAAACUCUUUAAAAAUUCCAAAAAAAAAACAAUGAUAUGUACGAGACUUUUAAAUUACAAAAUACCAGCAUGUCGUCAGGCAAUGAUGAUUGUCGGUAGAAACAAAUCUUGCCUUCAAAAUAAUUUGAAAAUUGCAUCGCCGCUUUUAUUAAAAAGGAACUUGUACGAAUCGGUAAAGAAACGAGCACUUGAAGCUCGAUCAAAACUUAAGAAAACUGAUUACCCAAAUAAUCGUCCUUGUCCCGAUCCACCAUCAUCCAAAUCAUCUUUGUCAUCCUCCCCAUCACAUGAAAAAGAACAUUCCAAAAAACCAAAAUGCAAACAGAGUUCAAAAGAUUCUGUUCCCAAACCGGCUGCUGCUCCAGGAUCCACUGAAAGUAGUUCUUCCGAUGGAAGUGGAGGAAACUCGAGUAUCAAGUGGAUAGUAGCAGCAUUGGCAGCUGCCGGUCUUGGUGGCGGUGCAUGGUAUUUACUUGGAGGAGAUGGCAAAAGUGACGAUCAGUCUAAAGAUCAGUCUUCACUGGUGUCUAAAAGGGUGCCAUUAAAUGGAAGUGAUCUUCCUAAAAAAGUACCUUACCUUCUUGUUGGAGGUGGUGCAGCCAGUUUUUCAGCAUUCCGCGCAAUUAAAUCCAAUGAUCCAAAAGCGAAAGUUUUAGUUAUAAGUAACGAAUUUUUUAAGCCCUACAUGAGGCCUCCACUUUCGAAAGAACUGUGGUACGCAUCUGAGCCUGGUGUUGUACCCAAAGACUAUCGUUUUAAACAAUGGACUGGCGCUGAAAGAAGUUUAUUCUUUGAACCAGACGAGUUCUUUAUUAAGCCAACUAAUCUGUUAGACAAUCCAAAUGGUGGAAUAGCUGUAGCCCAAGGAUAUGCAGUGAAGAAAAUCGAUCCCAAAAACAGAGUUGCUACACUUGACGAUGGAACAGAAAUUCAAUACGAGAAAUGUCUCUUGGCCACCGGUUGUACUCCCAAAAAUUUGCCAGCUUUUGAAAAUGCUCCCAAAAAUGUUCAAGACAAAAUUAUGUUCUAUCGCUCACCGAACGACUUUGAAAAACUGAAAAAACUAGUCGACGAAAAUAAAUCAAUAACAAUUGUUGGUAAUGGAUUCUUGGGUAGCGAAUUGGCAUGCUCUCUUGCAACUUAUUCCAAAGACACUAACGUUAAGAUAAAUCAGAUUUACGCCGAGUCGGCAAACAUGUCUAAAGUUUUACCAGAAUACCUAAGCAAAUGGACGACGCAAAAGGUUGAACAGUUGGGUGUGUGUGUCGUACCUGGUGUGCAAGUUAAAGAAGUAAAUCGAGAACAAAGUGGAUUGAAAUUGGCGCUGAGCAAUGGUCAGACUGUUCUCACAGAUGUUGCUGUGGUUUGUGUUGGAUGUGAAGCAAAUACAAAUAUUGCCACUUUGUCAGGUCUCGAAGUUGAUGAUGCAUUGGGUGGAUUUGUUGUAAAUGCCGAACUUGAAGCUAGACAGGAUCUGUUUGCGGCUGGAGAUGCAUCAUGCUUCUAUGAUCCUUUGUUGGGCAGAAGGAGAUUGGAGCAUCACGAUCAUUCAGUCAUAUCUGGCCGAUUGGCUGGAGAGAAUAUGGUUGGAAAAGAUGGAAUUAAAAAACCAUAUGAGCAUCAAAGUAUGUUCUGGUCAGACCUUGGGCCAGGAAUUGGCUAUGAAGGAAUCGGAAGGACUGAAUCUUCUCUGCCCACAGUCGGUGUAUUUGCUUUAAAGUCUGACGAAGAGAGAAAAGAUGAUCAUUUAGAACCCACAACAGAAAGUAGUUCAAAAGAAACAACUACCAUAGCCCUCGAACAAAAACCAAAAGACACUCAAACACAACCUACAAAGCCCAACGAAGAAAAUGACUACCAAAAAGGAGUUAUAUUCUAUUUACAAAAUGACAAAAUAGUAGGCAUUCUUCUGUGGAACAUUUUCAAUCGUGUCGGUCUCGCAAGAACAAUCAUCAAUCAAAACAAAUCCUAUGAAGAUUUGAACGAAGUGGCGAAACUAUUCGAGAUUCAUUCGUGAAAUAAUUUCCAUUAGAUAGAUGUGUAGUAGCCAUUGGUUAUUAAUUGUGAAUUAAUUCUUAAGUAUAUUUUAGAACAUGUUUGCAUUUGAGGAGAGAUUGAUUUUGAUUUUCUAAUUAUGCACAAGUUUUUGCGAUGAAAAUAUCUUAAUUAUGGUACGAAAAGUGCAUCAUUGUGUAGUUUUCUUCUGUUAAUAUUCUGACUUUUCUGACGACAUGCAUGUUCUUCAUGAACUUCAACAACAUGUGAAAGCUUUUUUCUUGUAAAUAAAAUAAAAAAUUGUUCAAUUAGAAAUAGGAAAA